AUGGAUUCCAGUAUUAGCAAAGGCCCCUUUCCUGAAGAAUAUAGAGUUUCUCUUAAUCAAGUAGCAUCUUAUCAGAUGCAUAUCAGUGAUGUUUACUUAUCCAUGGCCUGCCAUUACAAUGAAGAGACAGGAAUGCCUCCAUUUGCCCUGUUCUUUGAAGAACAGGCUGAGGUGAAGAGGGAGCAACCAAAGCAAUUACUAAGAUAUCUAAGAAAUCGUGAAGGUAUGAUCUGCCUUCCAGUUUUUAAGAGACCUUAUACAGAUGUCUGGGGAGGUGCAGUACAGACCUUAACAUUUGCUCUGAAGACUGAAAAUGAAUUAACCAAGAUGUUGGAAGACCUGAAGACUUCAGCUUCUCAGACUGGUGAAAUUCCGCUCUUACCCAUAGUGGAGAUGAUUCUGUUUAAACAGAAAAGGAACACAGAUUAUCUGAAAAGUCAACUUUCUUGUCAAAAGAGAUUAGAAGAGCCGAUGGAGCAGGAAAGCCUGUCUGAAGAGCCUGCUGCAGCAUCGAGUCAAAAAUCUUAG